AUGGCUUGCGAUCAAUUCCAAGAACAUCCCGCUAAUGUCCAAGUAAGUGAGUCUAGUGGAUUAUUCAAAAUUUAGGAAAAAAAUUGGAAUGUAGAUAAUUGGACAAACGAAGUGUUCAAGUUCGAACGGGAUACGCUGAUUAAAAAUAAACUUGGGCUGAUUGUGAAUAAAAGGUGAGACUUAAAACAGGAUCAUCAUCCCGGUUCAGAUAUGAAAUUGUGCAGAGAAUCGAUGCCGGUGCCUUUGGCGCUACUUAUAUCGGCGAGGACUUGCACAACAACAGGCAACGAGUGGCUGUAAAAUUUGACACUGGCAGGCCAGAAUAUAAAAAAUGUAAGUCAAGAUGACAAUAGCAGAAAUAUUACGCUCCAUUUGUAGCUAAACGGGACGAAAAUCAUCUAAAAUACGAGUUCGAGGUAUAUAAAUCAGCUUUGGUAAGUUACUGAACGAUUUCAUUAUAGGAGGUGAUUUAUAAAUUUGGCUUUUUCAAGCUUCAGAAUUCAGUCCAAAGUCAAGUUUGGACUAAUUACGGCGGAUCUUGCCCAAAGUAAGCGUAAAAUUUUACUCGAAAGAAUGCCGAAUUCAGUCCAAACCAUGAAUUUUCGGUGCCGCUUUUGGCUGGAUUGAAAAACAAAAUUUACAAAUCACUUCCCAUAUAUUCUCUCUGCUUAGUAUGAAGACGGAUACGAAGCGAUCGAAGGCUAUGCCCAGGUCUAUUGGUUCGGUUAUCAAUAUAAACACAACAUCCUUGUCAUGGAAUUGUUGGGCGCUUCUGUGGCAUCCUUAUUUAACUUCUGUGAUAGGAAAUUUGGAUGGCAAACUAUACUUUCUUUAGCACAGCAGAUGCUCCAACGAAUUCGACAUCUCCAUUACAGAGGGUUUAUCCAUCGAGAUAUUAAACCCGAAAAUUUUUUGAUGGGUCUUGAUCAGAAGGAGACCACUUGUUACUUGAUUGACUUCGGGCUGGCCCGACGAUAUCGCUAUCGGAACUCAGAAGACCGUACUCUGAAGCAUAUACCCUUCAGAAGAGGGCGUUCUUUUAUUGGCACAGCCAAAUAUGCAUCCAUAAACAGUCAUCGGAAUAUGGAAUUGGCGAGGAGAGAUGACAUCGAGAGUUUGGGCUAUGUCAUCAUCGAAUUAAUUAACGGAAAUCUGCCCUGGAAGAAUAUUUGCCGACGGCAUCAGAUUAAUAAACAGCAGACCUAUCAACGGAUACGGAUCUCCAAAGAGCAGGCCAAUUGGAAGGAGAUUUGCCCAUCUAUGGCCGAAUUUAUGAAGUACAGUAAAGAGCUCAACUUCUCGGAAGAGCCUGACUACGACAAGAUUCUAUUCAUGUUGAGGAAAGGACUGUCGGAACAGCCUUGCAACGAAUUUGAAAUUCUGGGCCCCAAAUGUGACAAUUGCAAAGCACAGGAGCAGAAAUCAGCCAAAGAUAACGUCGACGCCGUUGAUGCGCUGACAAGUCUAAUCGCGGCAACAUCGCUUAACACGGGAUGUCCCACCGUUCGGGGAGUGUACAACGUUCCAACAUCCUCCCAAUCGAAUGUUGAACCAUGCCAUCAGAAUGUCCAUUCAGAUGUUAUAAAGACCAAUCUGAGUGCUCAGACAGAAUUAAGAACAUCUGUAUCCCCUGCCUCGUCAAUGAAAACUCGAGAAGAGGAAGAAACGGAGUCCGUAUCCAGCUGUCAGAACUGCAGACAGCAUCAGCGACAAUACUUUGACCAAGAAUCAGUUGGAGGGCUCAAAUUGAGCUGGCAGAUUUGGAGGGACAGCAAUCCCGAAAAUAGGUUUGAAUAUGAUAACAGAUUCGGGUAUGUUUAUAUUAUUUUUUAUCUGAAUUUGCUUCUUGGCACUAUUUAUUUUGAUUAUCUUUUCAGAUGGACCUUGCCCAUGGCGCCUCAACCAGGGCAAUUGCCGCCCAUCGUUCCUCCCUACCCUCCACCUAACAUUAAGAAAACGGCUUGGGUGAACGUCUACACGAUCCCUCCCCCAUCAUUUCCGUUUCCUCCUCCUUCUCAGCUCUACGCCCCUAUAAAUAUUUGUCCCCCAUUUUUUCCUGCCGGUAUAAUUCCGUCGCACUUUAAUGGGCCUCCCCCAUUCCCACCACCGUUCUGUGUGGUACCCCGUCAUCCGGGUACUCCCUUCGUGCCGACUUAA